UUGAGAUAAUGAGCAAUGGAAGUUUGUAAUCGGAUUAGUUGUGUUGAAAUAACGACCGUGGCAGGCCCACCCGGCCUCCAGCGGCCGGAGGAGGACACCGUCGACGAAGCGCCCGUUGGCCAACGGCGGAACAACGGAACGACGCCACCGACGACGACCGGCGCCGGGAUGGAGGUGAGCAACCACACGGCGUCGACGCUGAGCAGGAGCAACAGCCGGACGAGCUCCAACAGCGAGCUGGAGAAGGAACUGAUCGACCUGGAGAUCAGCGGCAAUGGUGGCGGAAACGGCAGCAUCCACAACAAGUCCAGCACACUCAAGAAACGGAUCUCAAGCAGCCGGACGCCGGCCAAGAAGGCGAAGCGGGUGCGGUUUUUUCGGAACGGUGACCGGUUCUACACGGGCAGCACCAUACCGGUGUCGGGGGAGCGGUAUAGGUCAUUCGAUAGCCUCACGGAGGACCUGACGCGGCUGCUCGAGGACAGCGUGACGCUGACGGGCGCCAUCCGCACCAUCUACACCCUCGACGGCAAGAAGGUGGACAAGCUCGAGGACCUCGAGGACGGCAAAUGCUACGUAUGUUCCUGUAAUAACGAAGGUUUCAAAAAGAUAGACUACAACACCACCAACACCAGCAUCGUGGCGGCGACCAAGAACACCAAUAGACUGUCUAGACUAAUACGUCCAGUAUCACCAAUCAAAAAUGGCUCCAACGGGACGACACCUCUCAAAGAAAUCGCCUCCGUUGUGCAUCCACGGAUUGUGACCCUAAUUAGAAACGGCGUGAAGCCCCGGAAGAUUCUCCGGUUACUGCUGAACAAGCGCAACAGUCCCUCGUACGAGCACGUGCUCACGGCCAUCACGCAGUGCGUCAAGCUGGACACGGGCUGCGUGCGGAAGGUGUUCACCCUGUCCGGGGUGCCGGUCCUAAAGUUGGCAGAUUUCUUCGGCGAGGAGGAUGUGUUUUUCGCGUACGGCAACGAGCGCGUCGGCAACGACGACUUCGAGCUGGAGACGGACGAGCGGAAGGCGGUCCAGGCCACGAAGAAAACGCUCCGAAGUAACACGACCCGGACGGGGCCGAAGCCCAAGAUGCCCAUCAAGAGCCACAACGACACGUUCGUGUGCGUGGACGAAACCGUGCUGAACGGGGUCAUAUCGCCGGACUCGCUGCCGCUGGAACUGCAGGCCAAGUACACGCUCGGGUCGAUCAUUGGUGACGGUAACUUUGCUGUUGUACUGAAACUAAAGGACAAAUCAACGAACGUCGAGUACGCGCUCAAGAUAAUCGACAAAUCCAAAUGCUCUGGCAAGGGUCACUACCUCGCGGCGGAGAUCCGCGUCAUGAAGAAGCUCAACCACCCGUACAUCAUCCAGCUGGUGCAGGACAUCGAGACGAUAAACAACAUGUACCUGGUGCUGGAGCUGGUGCGCGGUGGCGACCUGUUUGACGCCAUCACCCGAGUCACGCGCUUCUCCGAGAACCAGUCCAAGGUGAUGGUGAAGCACCUGGCGUCCGCCAUGGCGUACAUGCACGCGCUCAGCAUCGUGCACCGCGACAUCAAGCCGGAGAAUUUGCUGGUUGAACUGGACAAGGACGGCAACGUUGUGCUGCUGAAGCUCGGGGACUUUGGGCUGGCCUGCGAGGUUACCGAGCCACUGCUUUCGGUAUGCGGGACGCCCACGUACGUGGCGCCGGAGAUUCUCAUGGAGACCGGUUACGGUGUUAAGAUCGACGUCUGGGCGGCCGGCAUCAUCCUGUACAUUCUGCUGUGCGGCUUCCCGCCGUUCGUGUCGCCGGACAACCAGCAGGAGCAGCUGUUUGACGCGAUCCUCAACGGGUUCUUCGACUUCCCGGCACCGUACUGGAACAACAUCGGGGACAGUGUGCGCGAUCUGAUCAUCAACAUGCUGCAGUCGGACCCGGAGCUGCGGUUCUCGAGCGAGGACAUCCUGGACCAUCCGUGGCUGACGAGUGACGUCGUGGACGACACGCGGGAUCCCAACGGUACGGCAUGAAUGUGAAAAACAAGCGUGUGAAUGAAACGUACUGCGAGGAUGAAGCGCGCGCCCGGAACACUUUCGGAACACACUCAGUUUAGUGAAGACAGAGAACGCCAAAAAAAGUGAGUGAAUAUCAUUGUUUGACGACGACGACGACGACCGUGAACCGUGUCGUGACGGUUUUGUGGCAUCGAAUUCCAAAACUCUAUUUAAUUAAUCAACACAAAAUGAAGCUGCAUAAUUAUACACUACCCACUUCUGUCCCCCUCCUCCGCCCCCCCCCCAAAACCAACUUUUGUAAAUAGACAUUUUAAGAUAUUCUUAAACCAAGCAACUGCUGCUUAGAGCUACUGUGUAACUAUUAAGAAAACAACAAGAAUCACACAAACACACAUGAUUGGUAUUAUUUGUCCUGAUUAUCAUGAACUACUAGCGAGAGAACGAGACGACAAGGAUAAUCACGUUUUGCAGAUGUUUUAUUCGAUUGGAAUAACGUAAGCAAGCUUAUUUAAUUAGUUUAGUUGAUGGUUAGCUCAAUUGUUGGCGCGUCGAAAUUAGUCCCGCACACACACACACACCAGAAGCGUCGCGAAAGCAAGAAUCAAUUCCUAUUUAUUACCCUUCUUUGAAUUGUGACUAUUUUGUUUCGUUUUUUUUUUUCCUUUUUGUUUUUCGUAUGAGUAAGAGUCACCCCCAAAAACAUAACCUUCCUGGAAGAUGAAAUAAGCACCGCGUGUUGAAAAGAAAAGAUAGAAAACUGUUUAUUGAUAGUGUAACUUUUUUUUCGUUUUCCUGUUUGUUUAAGUUUGAUUAAGUUAAUGCAUUCGCACCGAGAAGUAACCGCGAGAGAGAAAGAGAUAAAUAAUUAAGUAAUACAAUCAGAGUCGAAUGAUGGAACGUUACACUCCUACACACAAAACACCCAUAAACACAGACACACGAACACAUUCUAGAGAUUAAGGCGAGAGGAAAAUUAUUAUUGUGAACAGGAGAGGAAAUGUCCGAAAAUUUGACGAUCAGAGCUAGUUUGGUUUAUAAAUUAUGAUAGAGCGAAAGAGAAUACACACACAUUAUACACAACAAGCCUGCCUACAAA